CCUGUACCUGUACUGGUACCGCUCUCUGAGACCUACGGACAACAAAGCGGCCAGCGCGCGCACGCUGAAUUUCUAAUUGGAGCCCACCAUUUCUCUUACCGGUUGGCUACGCUGGGCGUUGCCCUGGAGGAUGUAUGUAAGCUUCGACGAGAAGAUACGUUAAGCAACGAAGUCUGCAGUGGACUUGCACCAGGAGUAGCAAACAUCCUCUCCUUUACACACAGCACACGUCCGUCCAGUGCAUGCAUGCAGUGCGCGAUGCUGCCACAUGAGCUAAGCAGUAUUCGCGGCGGCAGAGACGACGUUCAGCUGUACAUGAAGAUCAUCAGACUUCUCCAGGGCUACGGGACGGUACUAACGGAGCACGUGGCGGACGAGAGACUCGGGGCCUACGGAGAGAAGCAAAUCUCUGACGAGGAGAUCCACAAGAGAGACUUUGAAUGGCUUAGUCAGUCGGAUGCACGUAAAUCAGUGCAGUGGGCACUUAAUUGAUGAUGCUAUAACCUUGCUGAGUGAUGGUAGCUGAAGUAACACAGCCAUCUCUCGGAGUUGGCUAUGAGAUCGGGAGAGCUGUCGACAUGAACAAGAGGAUUCUCUGUCUCCACCGACCUCAGCCGGGGAAACGUUUGUCUGCUAUGAUUAGGGGCAUCCACAAUGGGUCUUCGGUGACUGUCAGAGAUUAUGAAGAGAAAGAAAUUGAGUCCAUUUUACAGACGAGGAGCCAUUUACACUCGCUGGGGUCGGACAACCUGCCCAGAUAUCGAAGGAACUGGGCUUGUCUAUGCCGGGAGAGCUGGGGCGACUGAUCACCGCAGG